UGGGGGUGUAACCAGAGUGGACAUUAGUUUGUUGACUUGAGACAAACUUGAGACUUGAAGAAGUCCCAAGUAGUUCUAGUUUUUUGUCUCUUGAGCUGCAAAUUUUACCGAAUUUUACAUCAUUUUUGUGUUCCUACAAAUAUAUUUCUAUGAGAAUGAUAUCUAUUCUAUAAUCGGAAUAAUAUUUUUAAACUUACAACAUGUCAAAGCAAAUUGUGAGACCAACAUUUUUUAGCCGCAUCCGCGAGGCUCAAAAGGCAAAAUUGACGAGUUUCGGUUCUCGCUUGAGAGAAAGGUUCUCGUACAAGCUGCCGGACAAAUACAAAGACACCUGGGUCGACCGACUGGUCACUUAUUGGCAGAGUUUGCUUCGAGACUAUCGAGAGGCAGGUCUUGACACCCUGAAGGACAUUCGAGAGCGGCCCUUGAAGGCGUCUGUGUACGGAACUGCCCUCGGUACUGCUUAUCUCUGCGCCAAAAGGAACCCAGACGAAAUCAGCUAUAGGCAGCGUUUGAUUGAAGCCCAAAACGAUGUUGCCUUCACAUGUCCGAGCAUCCAGAACAAGAGGACGAUUUCCUAUUUGAAACACCUGGAGCAAUUCGGAAACCAGGGUGUUGUGCGAUACUUCAGUUUUGGCAUCUUUUCAAUUGUAUGGUUUGACAACUAUGCCAAGUGCUUGGGACUUUACGAGGCAAGAUGUGAUUAUCUGAAACCCACCUAUUUAGAAAUUUGCAAGAGCAGAAUUGUGGAUGUGGGAUUUUGGAACAAGUGGUGGCUGCUGGAUAAAAAUAUGGUUGAUUUCGAUGUAAACGAAGAUGAAUGGUCCCAGCCAAAUUAGUUUAACAGGGAUGAAUUAUUAGAAAAACGAAUAAUAGUAACUGAAAUGAAUUAAAAGUUAUUACUGCGGUUUA